AUGGGCUUUCCUGAUCCUACUCAAGAGGAUGUCUUUGAUCAUGGCCUCUAUCUGCUGGACAAAGUCCUUACUAGAAUGGGAAAGCACCUCAUUGACUAUCCUCCUAUGCCUUUGCCUUUGCAAGAUUGGAACCAAGCUGCAAAUGUGCUUCUUCAGGAUGAGCUCAACCAUGAUUAUGUGGCUCUUUGGGAACAGGUGGAGACUAAUCUAUUGACCUUCAAUGCUGAGCAGAGGAAUGCCUAUGAUGCUAUCAUGCAGUCAGUCUAG